CCAGCCAAUCUGGUGAGAUGCAGUGUACUUUGAGCAGCUGCUGGAGACUCGGCCCCAUUCUCAAACCUGGAGUUUCAAGAACAAGAUUUCCUGAGUAGAAGAACUUCACCCACCGAGGGAACCACCAGUGACAGUGGGCAGACGAAGCCCAGGUACGGGCUCCAGGAUGUGCUCAACAGCCUCCAUGGGGCAUCGUCUGAACCGUGUGGCCGUGAUGGGGGGGACCCAUGGGAAUGAACUCUCAGGGGUCUACCUGGUGAAGCACUGGCUGCAGGACCCUUCCGAGCUGCAGAGAAGGACCUUCACGGUCACCCCCUUCCUGGCCAACCCCAAAGCCACCAAGCGUUGUAUGCGCUACAUAAGUCAGGACCUGAAUAGGAGCUUCACAAAGGCCUUCCUCCUUUCCAAGGGUACAAAGGAUGACCUUUAUGAGGUGAGCCGGGCCCAGGAGAUCAACCAGCUAUUUGGCCCAAGAGGCUCGGCUGAUGCCUUCGACUUCAUCUUUGACCUUCACAACACGACCUCCAACAUGGCAGCCUGCCUGAUCUCAGACUCUGAGAAGAACGUCUUCACCAUGCACAUGUGUCACUAUAUCCAGAAACACACCCAGACCCCGUGUCCAAUCUAUCUCUAUGGUCUGCCUGGACAGGAAAAUUACUCCCUUAUGUCAGUGGCCAAGAAUAGCUUGGGCCUGGAGCUGGGCCCCCAGCCCCAUGGGGUGCUUCGAGCUGAUGUCUCAGCUCAUAUGAGGGCCCUGCUGGCUUGUGGUCUGGACUUCAUUGACCUCUUCAACCAGGGCACCUCAUUCCCUGCUUUUGACAUCGUGGCUUACAAGCUCAUAGAGUCCGUGCAUUUUCCUCGGUCUCCCGACGGAGAGUUCCUGGGAAUCGUCCACCCCCAGCUCCAGGACAAAGAUUUCCUUCCUCUGAAGCCGGGAGAGCCCAUUUUCCAGCUCUUGAGUGGGGAAGAGAUCUUCUAUGAGGGCGACGUCCCCAUCUACCCGGCCUUCAUCAACGAGGCUGCCUACUAUGAGAAGGGAGUAGCCUUCCUAAAGCUGGAGAAACGCACCUUCUCCAUCCCACCUUUGGAGACCCCGGCAGCGUCCACUCCUUGAUGGCUCAGGGGCCAGAUGGAGGGUGACCAGCCCCUGGGGGAAAGUCCCCCCGAUCAAGGAGCCUCCAUGGGGUGGCCAUUCUGGAAAGGAAGUCGCAACAAGAACCCAAAAGUGGUUAUGCCGUUUGACCCAGCUGCUGCUCUGCUGAUAUCCCCAAAACACCAAAGAAAGAAGAAGACCAUCCACAUAAACAUGUUGCUAGGUAACAGUGAUCCCCUAACAGCAAUAUUCUAAUGACAAAUAACUGAAACACAUGGGAAGGCAGAUCGACUCACUGGCAGCCACGAUUCCCGAGACUUCUUGUUCCAGUCUGAUGGCAGCCAAUGACUCAGAGUGCAGAGGAAAGACCUUUUCUCAGGCAUGGGGAGAGGGGGGCUAGAAGACAUGGCUAAUAUGGGAAUUUGUUUUGCUCACCUAUACAUACUUAUAACUAGCUUUGUUUUUUUUGUUUUUUGUUUUUUUUGCUUUCCCAAUGGGGAGUGCAAGAAAGGGGGAAGGGGAGGGAGAGA